GCCCGGAACCAGCGGUGGUGAAGGUGAACCCGGCCCGUCUCUCUCCGUCAGCCCGUCGCGUGAGCGCCUCCUUCCCCGCGCUGCUCUCGCUCCGUUGCCGGCCCGCCUCGCCCUCGCCCUCGUCCGCCAUGUCCGUGUUCGGCGACGUCCCGCUGGCUCCUCCGGUCGCGGUCUUCAAGCUGAGUGCUGAUUUCCGGGAGGACGGCCACCCGCAGAAGGUGAAUCUGGGAGUUGGAGCUUACCGCACCGAUGACUGCCAGCCGUGGGUGCUGCCGGUGGUGAAGAAGGUGGAGCGGCUCAUCGUGGAGGACGCCGGCCUGAACCACGAGUACCUGCCCAUCCUCGGCCUGCCCGAGUUCCGCUCCGCCUCCUCCAAGGUCGCCCUGGGAGACGGCAGCGCCGCCAUCAAGGACGGCAGGGUGGGGGGCGUCCAGGCCCUCGGUGGGACGGGCGCGCUGAGGAUCGGGGCGGAGUUCCUGCGCCGUUGGUACAACGGCGUCAACAACACGGCCACGCCCGUCUACGUGUCAGCGCCCACCUGGGAGAACCACAACAGCGUGUUCGCCGACGCCGGCUUCAAGGACAUCCGUCCGUACCACUACUGGGAUGCUGCUAAGAGGGGGCUGGACCUCGCCGGGCUGCUGGAUGACCUGGAGAAAGCUCCGGAACAUUCCGUCUUCGUCCUCCACGCCUGCGCUCACAACCCCACCGGCACCGACCCCACCCGGGAGGAGUGGAAGCAGAUCUCAGAGAUCAUGAAGAGGAGGAGCUUGUUUGUGUUCUUUGACUCCGCCUACCAGGGUUUCGCCUCUGGCGACCUGGAUAAAGAUGCCUGGGCCAUCCGCUACUUCGUGUCAGAGGGCUUCGAGCUCUUCAUAGCUCAGUCCUUCUCCAAAAACUUUGGCCUUUACAACGAGCGGGUCGGCUACCUGACGGUGGUCGCCCGGGACAGCGAGAACCUUUCCCGCACCCUGUCCCAGAUGGAGAAGAUCGUCAGGACCACUUGGUCCAACCCGCCGUCCCAGGGAGCGCGAAUCGUCAGCAAGACGCUGAACUGCCCCGAGCUGUUUGCUGAAUGGAAGAGUAACGUGAAGACCAUGGCGGACCGCGUCCUGCUGAUGAGGGACCAGCUGAAGGCCAAGCUGCAGGCUCUGGGGACCCCGGGGACCUGGGACCACAUCACCCAGCAGAUCGGCAUGUUCAGCUUCACCGGGCUGAACCCCAAACAGGUGGAGUACAUGAUAGCGGAGAAGCACGUGUACCUGAUGGCGAGCGGCCGCAUCAACAUGUGCGGCUUGACCACCUCCAACAUCGACUACAUCGCCCAGUCCAUCCACGACGCCGUCACCAAGGUGCAGUGAGGCCCGCGUCCGUCUACGCAAAGCCCCCCCCACCCCCCUCCACCGCCCCCCUCCCGGCCUCCUGUGCGCCUGCAGGAAGUACCCUCACGUCUGUGACCCCCCCCCCUCCACCCGACCUCCCGACUGGCUGCGUCAGCGGAUUUCAGUCCAACCGAUGAAGCGGUUUGUUUGUUCUGAAGGUGCGACGGUUUGAGGAAGACACAAACGCACAAAUGUAAAAAGGUUUUAUUUUGCGUCUGAAUCAUUUCAGGUCCCACAAUGUCGUUCGUAGGACUACAAGGGGACUCGUCGUGCUACUGAGCAAGUUGCUAUAACGGCUGCGUUGAUGUGACUACAUGUUGCCGUGGUUACGGGUGACAGCCAGAAACUAAACGGGUUAAAAAAAAAAAGAAGAAAAUAUUCGUCAGAAUUCAAUGGAAUAUGUGUUUAUUUAUUAAUCAAAUCGUAACGCCGGAGUGUAAAUGAGGCCGUUGGGAGUCUGUCAUGUGACCGCGUUUGAGGGUCUCGUGCCAGAUGUUGCUUUCUUUGUCCGCCCUGUGCAGCCUUCCCCCCCCCGACCCCCCGCAGUGCCCUUAUUGUGUCACAGGAAGCGUCCGUGCAGUCGGGUUGUCGGUCACAUGACCACCCGCCCAUCACAUGUUUGUAAAGGCACACAGCAGGAUUCAUCCUGGAAUAAAUUAUAACCACCAACCGUG